AUGCAGCCGACCUUAUACCUCCCUCCAGCCGCCACCUCUCCAUCACCUUAUGCCCCCUUCGUCGUCGGUGUUGUUACCACUCAACUCCAGCCGUUUCCGACCAGCAACGAUGGCAAGCAACCACGGGAUGGCCACCACCACCUUUUUACGCUUGUGUUCCGACCGGCAAGACCACCGAACGACUGUCAUCACCACAGAAGCCUUCCAUUCUCCGACCACCAUGCGUUGUCGAGCAUCCAUCGACUCGCUGUUGUCGCUACUGUCACUCCCGGUGAGAAGAGAAGUCGGGUAAAGGAAUCAGAGCUGGGUGUUGCGGGAUGCUGUUGUUGCUUUCGUUUCACAGAAAAGAAGAACCUCCUGCGACUCCUUCCCUUUUCCUUCGUGUGCAAAACGACGACGAUCGCCCAGCCGCCGCUUGCUGCUGCCAUUUUUGUUUCUAUCAUCCCCGACCACCACCUACCACCGUUGGGGGGUGGCUGUUUAUGUUUAUUUCUUGCAGGUUGGACAACGUUUUUCGUUCCCAAUUUCGUCAAAAUAAAAUUUUCAGAUACAUCCUACGAUACCCAUUACAUCGAUUUCAUGAUUGCGUCACUUCACUCUUCUUUGAGCUUCUCGAUUUCACCAUGGAAGCUCCGCUCUCAUUCAAACCGAAGAAACACAUCACAACAAGCAUUUCUUUCGCAGAUCACCACCGCAGAAUCCGAUUCAUUAAUCCAACACACCACCAGAAGAAGAUGCGAAUGUUACGAUAUGUACAAAGAGGUGGUUCCAUUUGCAGAAGCAUGGUCAUGGCAACAAUCGAUAGUUGAAAAACGGAAGACAUUGAUUGAUAUCAAUGAAGACGAUUCUGAUUCCUUGAUUAUACUCCAACAUCAACCUGUUUAUACAUUGGGUACUGCUAGCACUGAAAACAACUUGAAUUUCGACAUCAAAGAUUCUCCUUUGCCAUUGUAUCAAACAGAACGUGGUGGUGAAGUUACUUAUCAUGGGCCAGGACAGCUAGUUAUGUACCCGAUCUUGAAUCUUCGUUUCCAAAAGAUGGAUCUUCAUUGGUACCUCAGGGCACUUGAGGAGGUAGUAAUCCGCGUACUUUUCUCAACCUUCUCUCUCAAGGCUUCACGGAUCGACGGUUUAACUGGAGUUUGGGUUGGGGACAAAAAGGUAGCGGCAAUCGGUAUACGGGUUUCAAGAUGGCUAACAUAUCAUGGGUUAGCUUUGAAUGUUUGUACUGAUCUUUCACCUUUUGAACAAAUAAUUCCUUGUGGAAUACGAGACCGAGGAGUUGGAAGCAUCAAGGGGCUUUUGAGAGAGUCUAAUGAGCAUUUUUUAAAAUCUUUUUAUGAUGAUGAUGAUGAUGUUAAACUCAUUGAUAUUGCUCAUGAUUCAUUAGUGAAGGAGUUUUGUGAAGUUUUUCAACUUGAUCUGUCUUAUGGGUCGGUACCCAUGGUUAGGUAAUAGACGAAAUGAAAAACCUUUAUCAAUUAUCAUGUCAAUAUUGGUAAUCUAUAAGUUUUUGUUCGAUAAGCUUAUUUUUCCUUAUAUUUAUAUAACCCUUUAAUCGUUUUAGACUUUUAGCAUUAGUGAGUUUAAGAUUUGAAGAUUUCUCAUGAGGAGAUACAAAGAUAUUAAAAAAAAAAAAGUCUAUUCAAG